AGAAGAUGACCCACAGACAGAAGCUGAUCGUAAGGCUCAGCGGUGUAUUGUAUCAUCCCUUCAGACCCGUUUCCCUGGGAUCACUGUCAUUGGUGAAGAGGAUCUGAUUGAGAGUGCAACAGACUUGAUAGAGAUGGGAGAUUCAGAAGAUGUACUCGGUAAAGCUUGUCCCGAUAGUCUCAAGUCAGUCUCACUGGCAGAUAUUGUGGUAUGGGUAGACCCUGUAGAUGGAACCAAAGAAUACACACAAGGAUUCCUUGACCAUGUGACAGUACUGAUCGGUGUGGCCGUGAAUGGAGAGUCAAUAGGGGGCGUCAUUCACCAACCAUACUACAACUACCAGGUGCCUGAUGCCAAAAUGGGGCGCACCAUGUGGGGCGUGGUCGGACUAGGAUGCUUUGGCUUCACCCAUAAAGAGUUACCAGAAUCCCAGAGGGUGAUCACCACGACAAGAUCUCACGGCACACAGGCCGUGCAGGAUACCAUUGAUGCUAUGUGUCCUACACAGAUCUUGAGAGUUGGUGGUGCAGGCCAUAAGGUGUUGCUCUGUCUUGAAGGUACAGCCAGUGCGUACAUCUUUGCUAGUCCUGGAUGUAAGAAGUGGGAUACCUGCGCACCAGAGGCUCUCCUUAAAGCUGCAGGAGGUACAUUGACCGAUGUCCAUGGCAACAGAUACCGCUACGAAAAAGACAUCAAGAGGAUGAACACUGGGGGCGUCAUCGCCGCAUAUCGAUUUCACGACUUUUACCUCUCCAAAGUACCGCAGUCAAUAAAAGACGCUCUGCCAGCAUGACGAACGCUAACUGCUUUGAGAAGGGAGUGAGAGCGAGAGAGAAGGGCCAAUGAAAACAACCAAAUUACAGUUGAAAUCAAGCUUUAUUGAUAGAGAUAGUAGAUGUUCUUGGAUAAGUAUAUAAUGGAUUGGGAAGAGGGCAAACGUGUGAGGUAUCGGGAAUUUCAAGGACAGUGUUGGUGAAGAAUUUGAAUGUGAGAGCACAUGAGCAUUUCAGUGGUCUGUUGCUCAGAUUACUCUGCUUUUAACUCUUUCUAGCUUAAAAAUUUAGAUCCAACAUUAAGAGAAGACCAUAGCACAGCACUUGAAAUUUCUUUCAUGAAAAGGGCAUGAGGCAAACAAAAUAUUUUAAAAAAUCAUAUUUUGUGUUAAAUCAUUAUUUUGAUAGAAGUAUAUUAUGACUUUGCAGUGCAAAACACCAAAACUAGAAAUUCCCAUUGCAGCUUGUUUUUCACAUUGAUUAUGAAAUAUACAUGCUAUUGCCAAUGUAAGUUACUUGAAAAAUUGAGAGAUUUAUAGCAUUGAAAAAUGAGGAGACAGCUGUAUAAUUGAAAGUGUGUGUAUGAGAGAGAGAAAAGAGAGAUAUAGAAAGGGUCUAGAUCACUAUGGUUGAGGUGGUAAUGGUAAGCUUAUGUAGUCUAUACAUUUUGUGGCUGUAAAUGAAGAGAAGUGAAGUAAUAUUGUCUCCACUCAUUUCUAAAGCUGUUUAAUAUUUGAUGGGGGAAAAUUGAAAUAUAGAUGUUGAAGGGAUACUCAAGUAUGGAAUGUCUAACUAGUACUGUAAUCAAGCAUAUACAAAUUAAUUUUUUACUGUAUGUACUUUCAAGAAAAAGUGUAUUUUAAGAUUAUAUGAUGUAUAAAUGAUUAACGGCAUUGACAUAUAAAAAUGCUAAUGAGCUAUUUUUGUAGAUGUGGUCAUGUUUCCAUGGCAACCGCAACUUUAAUUGUGAAUGUCAUGUGAAAAAAAAUUGAAUAUUUCAUUGCAGUAUUAUUUGAGUAGCUUUCAAAUUGAGCCUCCAACCGGAGAUUCGUCAUUUAUCGCUUUAAGAUUAAAAAAAAAAACAGUGCUUUUUGGCGCUAAGACAUCAAGUUAGAGCAGUGUACUUUUGUAAACAAUUUUUAUGCAAUUUAGAACAAUGCUUUAAUGUCUUGAUUUGACUGAUGUAUUAACAUUGUUUUGUCGGAAACAAGAAACACUAUUAAUGUUUGUGCAAAGCUAGCAUACAUGUGUACUGCAUUUGUAAUUUUGAUCUUAUGGGUGCCAUACAAAAGUUAUUAUGGUGCCUAGUUAUAACAUGAAAACAAGGAGGGGAGAUGCACUUAAAGUUUGCUGUGCAUUGCAUUUCUGUGAUGCAAUGCUUUGAAAUUAAAGAAUGAUUAAAUCACCUUGCACUAUAUUCAUGGAAGAAAAUAUACAAAUAAUCGGUAUGUUGUGUGAUGUUUUAAAAACACUUGAGUGUUGUGGUUGAAAGUAUGUCAUAGUUUUUUUAUUUGAACAAAUUUGUUUGUUAGAUCAAUAUGUGUGUUACAAAUAAGAGGUCAUCGCCUCAUCUUUUCUUAUAUAUACACGUUGUUCACCAUAACAUUUUUGGGGAGGGAGGAAACAUGUAAUAUUAAAGCAGUAAAACCACAGAGUAAUACAUUUGCUGUUCAAAUGUGUUUAAGCCUGUCUUUACUCUAAAAAGUAUCGCGACUAAAGAAAGUCUAGUCUUUAUUUUAAAUACUGUCAACUUAAAAGACAAAGUAACGUAAGGAACAAUCUUCACUAAUUACAAAAGGGCUUGUCGAUAUUGUAGAAUUUCCAAGAUGUUGUCAUUGAAACUUGAAUAGUGAUCAAGUUGUUUGGAAAAUGUUUAACAUUUCAUAGAACAAAGGUAUAUUUGAAAGUAAAAUUACUGAAAAUGGAACUACACUUUAAAUAUUCCUCCUUUCAUGCAAUCAUGAUCUUGUUACAUUGUCUCUUGCAUGCAACCACAUAAUUUACAUCAAAAUCAACGGGCAUUAGAAUAGGUAAUUUUUUUUUUAUUCUGAAGUAUGAAUCGCGAUGAUACAAACAAUAAUUGCAAGGCCAGUCUAUCGUAGUUGUAAUGCAUUUGUCAUUAAUUUAUGAAAAAUUCAUUUGUUUAAUGAAUUCUGUGAAAAGGUAAGAAAUGAAAGUUGUGCACUUUGAUCACUUCUAGAGUGUGUGAGUAUAGUAUAUGUGACUUUGAUUGUAUGCCAUAUGGGUUGACAUUUAUAUCAAUUAUUAAUUUCAUCAUUCUGCUCGUUUUUAUUACAAAAUAAUCAUUUUGUAAGGUCCAAAUUUUCAUGCACAGUGAUUCAUACUGCCCAAUUGUAUUGAGGAAUUCUUUAUAGAUGUUGCAAAGUAAAAAAUCAUUUCAUAUAUCUAAAUAUGAUCUUAUGAGUAGUGAAGUCUGGGUAUGCAUCCAUUUGCAUUCUUGUUUGUCAAUGAUUGUGGAUUAUUUUGUUGAGGGAACAGAUAAUCAUAUAACACUUAUUGAAAUUUGUUGAACAGUGAUUACCAAAGGAAAUAAGGAAUGAUGUUGAUCGCCCAAGAGAGGAAUAAUCAUGUAAUUUGUUUUUGUCAGAAACAAAGUCUUAAACUUUGAAGCAUUGUGAAAUCUUUGCCUAAAAUUGAAGAUUUAUUUGGUGUGGGACAUGUGUCAGAAUUUUGAAAGGAGUAUGAUUACAGAAAACAUGAAAUUGGCAACGUGAGAAGACCGAGGAGUAGGACUUGAGUGAUGAAUUCACUGUUGUUAACCAAGGGUUUAUUUUUCACAAACAUUCCAACAACUUCUUCCAAUAUAAACAUGCACACUCAUGGAAUCCACUCAAGAACCGUAAUGUGUAUUAAUUGUUUCAUUGGUAGCAGAGUUCUUUGUCUGGUCCAUUGUUCAACUACAUCUGUGAUCUGUGUGGUUUCUAGUGAAUGAUUACUUGCUUGCUUCAAUGCAAACAAGGUUGUUUUUAGAGCCAUACCUAUUGUUAUUAUCAUGCUGCAGGGGUGGAUCACAAUGUUAACAUUGAAGCCAAAUAAAAAUAUAAAAUCUAUGUUUUUUGUGUCUGAACUCGAUGUCAUAAAAAGGCCUUCAUCAGUAUGAUUAAUAAGAAAAAAUUCUGCUUGCCAUCCUAAUAAACUAAUCUUCAAUCAAAUUGUAUUAUAAUUUGUAAGAGUUGAAAACUCAAUUUUCCAGGAUUUAUAUUAAUCAGUCUUUGAUUUCAGGCAUCGUUGGUGUAACAAAUAAUUAGAGUAUGUAUGGGUAAACUAAAAGUGAAGGGGGGAAAGUAGUUUGCAGAGCUAAUCCACUCAUCCUUGUUACAUUGACUAGUUUAUUAUGCGGCUUAUUGAUUUCUUCCACUCUCACCAUUGCUUUACUCCCGAUGGUCGUGAGUUUCUAAUUGUUUUGUUUUAGAUUCUUUUGGUUCUACGGAAUUCAAGUCUACUCCUUGCUCCGCCUCGUAAUGUGAGGGAACACACAACAUACAGUACCAAUUGAAAUUCCUUGUGAUCACUAACAACUUUAUUGGCAGAGUAAUGUACUCGCUGUGUAAGUGAUUGCAAAGACUUUCAGGAGCAUCUUUUUUUUUGUCAUAUCUGAGUGAAACAGUUGUAAAAAUAACAUUGACUAUUGAUGUAUAGUAAUUUGCAAAGUUUUAAUAUUUGUUUUACAAUUUGUAAUUUGAAUUAUACCACUGAAACAAAGAAUAUUUUGAUGUUUACAAAAGAAAGACAUGUAUAUUACUAGCUGUGCAUACAGAGAAUACUAAUAAAGUAAAGUAUAUCAUACAUAA